UGACGUAUGAUUUUUGUAUAAGACAAUACGUUUUGUCGAUUUGCGCAUUCAUUGGCAAAUAUUAAUUACAGUAGGACUCGAACUUAAAUGGUUAUUGAAUAAAAACAAAUUAAAGUAAAAUCGUUAUUGUAUUAAACGAUUACGAAGCUAAUAAUAUACUCGAACGGAAGAAUUGUUCGCCACAUUUUGUUGACUCCACAAUUGGCCAUAAUAUUAUUUAGGAUUUUGUAAAAGAAACAUGGAUUUCGUGAAAAAGGGAGAUAACAUUUUAGUUAUUUGGAAUAACAGUGAACAAAAUGACAUUGCCAACUUUGUAAAUGAAAUUAAAAGCAUAGCUACGGAAGGAAAUGUUUUUCUGGAAAACUCCACAAUGAUCAGUGACACAUCAAGACCUAAAUCUUCAUUUGAUGCAGUUCUAUGCAACCUUAUUCCACCACAUGCCAUUGAACCCAGUGAUAGUUUACUCUCCAUUAUUAUAAAAAUUUUGAAACCAAGUGGUAGAUUAAUUGUUAAAUACAACAAAGAUCUGUCCAGUACAUUAAAACUCAAUGGUUUUGUUAAUGUAACAAAUAGCGAUGACAAUACAUAUGUUGCAGAAAAACCCAAAUUUGAGGUGGGUUCAAAAGUGUCAUUAAAACUGGGACAAAAGCCUGCAGUAUGGAAGUUAGAUGACACUGUGGAGGAGGCAUGGAAGGGAGGCAAUGAUGAUGAUAUCAUUGAUGAUGAUCAGCUAUUAGAUGAGGAUGAUUUGAAGAAGCCGGACAAACAAUCUCUUAGAGUAUGUGCUACGACUGGCAAGCGCAAGGCGUGUGCGGAUUGUAGCUGCGGCCUUGCGGAGGAACUGAGGGGAGAAACUAAAGAUACACCUAAAUCAUCCUGCGGAAGUUGUUACCUGGGAGAUGCAUUCCGUUGUGCGAGCUGCCCCUACCUCGGCAUGCCAGCAUUCAAGCCCGGAGAGAAAGUUUUACUGGAUCUGAAGUCUGAUAUAUGAAUAUUAAAUGUUUAAUUCUACUUUGAAUCUGCUGUAAACCAAGAUAAUAAUGGUUUGCAACUUUUAUUAUAAAAGUAUUCGAGUUGUGAUUGAGUUUUAAUAAAUCUUUGAUUAUUUUUUA